AAGGUUAAAGCAAACAAGGAAGAGGGGUGACUGACACAUGUUUCCAAUAAUUGGAAGCACACAGUCCAUCAUUGCUUCUCUCAGUCUGUCCUCUCACGCCACAGAGGCAACAUGAGGCUGUGGGCCGUCCUGCCGCUCGCUCUGCUCGCUCAGGCUUUAGCUCAAGACGACUCUUGUAUGGGCCGCUGUGAGAAUGGCUACGACUCUGAGAGGAAGUGCCAGUGUGACUCCAUGUGCAAGUAUUACAAGAGCUGCUGCUCCGACUAUGAGGUCACCUGUGGCAUGACGACUCGUGGAGACACGUACGUGACUGCAGAUGAUGAUGACGAGCUGUUUGAAGGCACCACCCCGUCCCCUUUUACUCCGUCCCCUUCUACUGCCACCAGUCGUCAGCCGAGGACCGGACAGCAAGGCAUCUCAGACUUUGGCCGCCGGGCACAGCAACGUCACGAAACCACACUGGAGAUGACCAGACCUCCUCGAUUGAUGGAUACCAUAUUUCAGAGAAUACCUAUUAUACAGAGGGCAACUAUUUCAGAGGCAGUCACACCUACACAGGAAGUCGCCACCACAACUAAACCCCCUCAGACCACAGUUCCCGGCACAACAGGCACCACUGCAGCCCCCGACCCUGACGCCGUGGUGUGCAGCGGGAGGCCUUUCGACUCCUUCAUGCAGCUAAAGAAUGGCUCCAUCUAUGCCUUCAGAGGGGAUUACUUUUUUGAGCUGGACCAGAAGUCAGUGCUCCCUGGUUAUCCGAAGCUCAUAAAGGAUGUGUGGGGCAUCCGCGGGCCUAUCGACGCUGCCUUCACCCGCGUCAACUGUCAGGGGAAGACUUACAUUUUUAAGGGAAACCAGUACUGGAGGUUUGAUAACGGCGUGCUGGACGAUGACUACCCUCGAGAUAUCAGCGUGGGCUUCGACAAGAUUCCGGAUCAUGUGGACGCGGCGUUUGCUCUGCCCGCUCCCGGUCACAACGGCAGAGAGAAGGUCUAUUUCUUUAAAGGCGAACAGUAUUACACGUACGAGUUUCUGCACCAGCCGUCCCACGAGGAGUGCAUCACCAUGUCUGAGAGUUCUCCGUCCACACUGUUCAGGCGCUACACUGACGUCUACUACAACAACUACGAACGUUUCCUCAGUGAGCUCUUCUCCGACUUGCCCCAGCAUCAUGACAAACACCACUUCAUCGAGAAGGACUGGAAGGGCCUCAAGGCUCCGCUGGACGCUGUCAUGACAGGCAGAAUGUACGUCCCUCCGUUGAGGCCCACACCGCGCCGCAAUGACUACCGGUAUGACCACCAGUAUGGACAGCAGUAUGGACAGCAGUAUGGACAGCAGUAUGGACAGCAGUAUGGACAGCAAUGGGACCAGCAGUGGGGUCGCAGGAGGCAAAGUCGCUCACCAAACUGGGGAUCAAUGGCUGAGCGGGGGAUGAACAUGGGCCAGGGCUUUGCGGAGAGGGGUAUGGAGAUGGGUCUGAGGUUGGCAGAGAAGAGGAUGGAAAUGGAGGAGCGGCUCGGGCGAGACUGGGACAGACGGUGGGACCAAGACUGGGACCAGGACAGACGGAGAGACGGUUACCGCCAGAACAACAGAGGCAACUAUGACUCCAGGUCGUACUUUGAGCCUAUCCGGAGAGAGCAGCCCAUACAGACUGUCUACUUCUUUAAAGGAGAUAAGUACUACAGAGUGGACCUCAGGACCAAGAGAGUCGACCCCGGUUCUCCUCCGUAUCCCAGAUCCAUCGCCAAGUACUGGCUCGGCUGCUCAGACACCGCCGGGGCAGAGAAGUAGUUUCAAAUGUUUUUAAAUAUUUUUGCUGUGAUCAUCUGGAAUACAUUUGUACAUGAUUGAAAAUUCAUUCAAACUGAAACAGGCUGUGUUGGCUGUAAAAAAAAAAAGAAGAAGAAGAAGAAGAAGAAGAAGUGUGUCAAACAUGUUGAGUGUAACACAUAACUAGCUGCUCAUCAACGUCAACAAAUAUUGGAGAUCAAUCAAAGUCCACACACCGCUCGUCACGGCCAAAGUUUAGCUGGUUGAACUCUACUCUCAUCUUCUGUCAACAUCAGUUGACCCGCUUUAUUCAAUACAUCUAUGUUUUUUUAAAUCAUGUAUCCACACUGUUUCAAAAUGUUUAUUUUCAUUAUUAAAGGUCUACAUAUAUACAGAGAAAAUCAAAAUAGGAAGUUGCAUGCACCAAAUCAUGUCGUAUGGUCACACAGAGAAAAAGUCCUAAAAUUGCAAUAAUGUGGAUUUUACCCAACAGCAGCAUGACUGUGUCAACAGAGGUCAGAGGGCAGGAACAGCUUAGUUCAUACUCGAGAGGAAAUUGACUGCCGGUCAUAGAUGUGAAAACAUUCUCAUAUCAUAGUUUUCUGACCUCCGCUGAAUGGUCUGAGAGACCACAAUAAAAUACUACAAUAUAUUUUUGACAGCUGCCUUUGACAGAUGUCUUAAAGGAGUGCUGAUGAAGAGUGAACCACACUUGAUUGUAAAUUCCAACCUUGUUACUGUCUUUUCUUCCUUGUAUUUUCAUUUAAAAGAAAUACAAACAUCAGUCCAGCAGCAGACUCAAAA